AUGCCGGAGGGAGCGGAGGCAGGUGAGGCCGGGGGCGGCGGGGGGGCGCGGACGGAGCGGGAGGAUGAGGAGGGAGAGGAAGAAUGGGAGCGGAGGGAUGGCGCCCCCCCGCCGAUGCCCGCCACGCCCCCGCCGAUGCCGGCCAAGGAGGAGGCUCGCCCCCCGCCCGAGGGGGCCAGCUGUGAGCCCGGCCCCGCCGCCGCCGCCCCCCCCGGCUCUCCGUGCCGCCCCCCGCCCGCGGACCCGCUGGACACCCGCAUUGUGAUGGGGGAGGAGACGCGCUGCCCCCCGCCCGAGCCGCGGGGGGGGCCCCCCGUGCCUUGUCCCUUCCCCGCGCCCCCCAAGGAGCCCCCCCCGGGCCGGCCCCCCGCGCUGGACCCCGAGCUCUUCUUCACGGCCCCCUCGACGCCCGUGCGGGCCGGGGGGGCGCGGCCGCCGCCCCCCGAGGAGCCGACGGACGGGGACAGCGAGGGGCUCUGCUCGCCCCCCACGUCCCCCUCGGGCUCCUACAUGACGGCCGAGGGCGGCAGCUGGGGCUCCUCGGGCACCGCCAGCACCUCCCCGUCCUGCUCCCCCAACCUGGCGGCCGAGGCCGAAGGCCUGGGCGAGGCUGAGGGCGAGGCCGAAGGGCUGGGGGGGGUCCUGGGGCUGCCCCCCGGCCUGGGGGCCCCCCCGGCCUUCCCCCCGCUGUCCCCCGAGGAGGAGGAUGACGAUGAUGAUGACGAGGACGGUCCCUUCGCCCCGCCGGGCUGUGCGGAUGAUGAGGAUGAGGAUGAUGAUGAUGAGGACGGGCAGACGCCGGAGGAGGAGGAGGAGGAUGAGGACGAGGGCUCGGGGCUGAUCCCGGCGGCGCUGCUCCCGUUCCGCGGCAGCCUCCUCUUCCAGGCCGAGGCCGUGGAGAUCUCGCCCCGGGCCGCCCCCGAGGAGGAGGAGGAGGAUGAAGGCAGCACCUCGGCGUCCUUCCUGCGCUCGCUGUCUGAGAGCUCCAUCCCCGAGGGCGGGGACGAGGCCUUCGCCUUCCGCGACGACACCGACGCCUCCUCGGACUCGGCCGCCUACGACGGGGACGAGGACGAGCGGCUCUACGGCAGCGAGCGGCACGCGGGGGACACGGCGACACCCCCGGGGACCCCCCCGGGGACCCCGCCCGCCUCCCCCGCGCCUGCCGGUGUGGAGCUGCACCUGCGGGCCGGGUCCCCGUGUCACCCCCCCGCUCCCGGGUCCCUGCGGGCACCCCCGGCACCCCCUGGAGGGGACGCGGAGCUGGACGGCGACGCCUUUGUCACCAUCACCGGGGCGUGGCCCCCGCCCGAGCCCCCCGAGGAGGCGGCGGCAGCGACAGAAGGUUCUGGAGCGGCGCUGGGACAGGGACCGUGCCCGGAGCUGGCAGGGACAGGCCCUGUCCCCCAGGCCCCUGGGCUCUGUGCCAGGGACCCCCAGAGCCACCAGCUGGGGGACACCAACGGGGAGCCCCAGGACGGCCCUGGGGGUGACAGUGAGGGUGACAAUGACCUUGAGUUCAGCACGGGGACAGUGGGGAGCGCUGACGGCCACAGCGAGCUGGGCUCUGCAGCCACCAGCCUGGGGACAGCAGUGACACCGACCCCCCUGGAUGACACGGACACUGCAGCCAAUGAUGCAGUGGCACCAGUGACACCCAGCCUGAUGGACUCGGUGGACACUGACCUGGUGGCAGCAGGGACACCAGCCCCACUGGAUGAGAUGGACGCUGCAGCCACCAGCCUGGUGACACCCAGCCCGCCUGACGAGCAGGACACUGUGGCCACUGACGUGGUGACACCAGGGACACCAACCCCGCUGGACACUGCAGAUGCUGAUGUGGUGACAGCCAGCCUGAUGGACAGCACAGCCACCAGCCUGGUGACACCCAGCCCGUCGGAUGCUGCUGCCCCCAAUGUCGUGGCAUUGGUGACACCAAGCCCCCCAGAUGAGCCAGAGGACACUGUGGCCACCAGCCUGGUGACACCACUGACACUCAGCCCCCCAGAUGAGCCAGAGGACACCGUGGCCACCAGCCUGGUGACACCGGUGACACCCAGCCCCCCAGAUGAGCCAGAGGACACUGUGGCCACCAGCCUGGUGACACCAGUGAAACCGAGCCCCCCAGAUGAGCCAGAGGACACCGUGGCCACGGACCUGGUGACACCAACACCACUGGUGACACCAAGCCCCCCAGAUGAGCCAGAGGACACCAUGGCCACCAGUCUGGUGACACCAGUGACACCCAGCCCCCCAGAUGAGCCAGAGGACACCAUGGCCACGGACCUGGUGACACCAGUGACACCCAGCCCCCCAGAUGAGCCAGAGGACACCAUGGCCACGGACCUGGUGACACCCAGCCCCCCAGAUGAGCCUGACACCAUGGCCACCAGCCUGGUGGCACCAGUGGCACCAAGCCCACCAGAUGAGCUGGAUAUCAUGGCCACUGACCUGGUGACAGCAGUGACACCCAGCCAGCUGGAUGAGAUGGAAGUUGUGGACGCUGUCCUGGUGACACCAGUGACAUCCAGCCUGAGGGAUGCUGUGGCCACUGACUUGGUGACAUCAAUGACACCCACCCUGAUGGCCACUGCGGCCACCAGCCUGGUGACAUCAGUGACACUGCCCCCCCUGGAUGAGAGUAGCACUGUGGCCAGCGACCUGGUGACAUCGGUGACACCUGCCCCGAUGGACACCACAGACACUGCCCCAGUGACCCUGAGCGUGAUGGACACCACGGACAGCAGACCGGUGACAUUGGUGACACUGACCCCCCGGGAUGAGACAGCCGCCGUGACCACUGAGACGGCCACCGUGGCCACUGCUGAAGUGACCCCCAGCCCGAUGGACACCGUGGCCACUGCUGAAGUGACCCCCAGCCCGAUGGACACCGUGGCCGCUGCUGAAGUGACCCCCAGCCCGAUGGAUGCCAUGGCCACGGCCCCGGUGACCCCCAGCCCCCUGGCCGCUGUCCCUGCCCCGUGUCCCCCUGCCCGGGCCGUGUCCCCCGUGGCGCUGGCAGCCGGGGUGGCCCCAUCCCUCGAGUCCCCAGCUGUCCCCCCGUGUCCCCUGGCACAGGCGACGCUGUCACAGCCCCCUGGCGAUGUCCCUGAGGAGCGGGGGGACGCGGCCACCGCCUCGGCCGAGGAUUUGUCCCCGGAGCUGCCGGACACGUCCCGCACCGACUCCGGCUUUGUCACCGUCCCCGCCCUCGAGGGGGGCGAGGCCGCCCCGAGCCCCGCCGGGCCCCGCGGGGAGCCCGAGGAGGAGGAAGAGGAGAAGGAGGAAGAGAAAGAAGAGGGUGGGCAUGCGCCCCCCGCGCCCCCCUCGCCGCAGUUCACGGCCUCGGAGCGGGAGGUGUUUGUGGGGACCCCCCCGGCCCCCCCCGAACUGCUGCCACCACCCGGUGCCUUUCCGGGGCGCGGGGCCGGGCCGGGUGUCACCGCCCCGCUCCGGGGGGCCCCGGGGGUGCUGCCCCCCGCCCCAGAGGAGCCCCCCACCCCCCGGCCGGGCCCUGAGCCCCCCGGCCACGCUGCAGGGGACACCGAUGCCAAAGUCCCCCCGAGUCCCCCCGGCCCCCCCGCGGCCCCCCCCGAGCAGCAGGAGGAAGAGGAGGCCGUGGGGGGGGUCGCUCCCAGACCCCUGCCCGCUGCGGGGGCUCAGCCGGGGCCCCCUCCUGAGCCCCCCCGCCCUGCCCCCCCCAAACUCAGCCAAGUGCCUCCUCCCGCCGCCCCGAGCCCCCCCAGGCCCCCCCGCGGCCAGGAGCCCCCCCCGGGGCUGCCCCUCUCCAGGAAGCACCUCGAAGCCCCCCAGGCCUCCCCGCAGAAGGAGCCGGAGCCCCGGGGCCGGGCGGGGGGCCCGGGGGCUGGGGGGGGCCGGGCGCCCCCCCGGGGGUCUCUGCAGUCGGAGUCGAGCUCGUCCAGCGAGGCUGAGGCCCCCCAGCCCCCCCCGGCCCCCCAGCGCUGCCAGCCCAACCACCGAGGGUCCGGGAACGAGUCCGAGAGCAACGACGAGUCCAUCCCGGAGCUGGAGGAGCCCGAGGGCUCCGAGCUGCCCCCUGCGCAGCCCCAGGUGCCCCUCGGCCACGGCCUGGGCCCCGGGGAGGAGCCGCUCAGCAAAGCCAAGCAGAGCCGCAGCGAGAAGAAGGCCCGGAAGGCCAUGUCCAAGCUGGGGCUGCGGCAGAUCCACGGCGUCACCCGCAUCACCAUCCGCAAGUCCAAGAACAUCCUGUUCGUCAUCUCCAAACCCGACGUCUUCAAGAGCCCCGCCUCCGACAUCUACAUCGUCUUUGGGGAGGCCAAGAUCGAGGACCUGUCCCAGCAAGUGCACAAGGCAGCGGCUGAGAAGUUCAAGGUGCCCCUGGAGCACUCGGCGCUCGUCACCGACGCUGCUCCUGCCCUGGCCAUCAAGGAGGAGAGCGAGGAGGAGGAGGAGGUGGAUGAGACAGGGCUGGAGGUGAGGGACAUCGAGCUGGUGAUGGCCCAGGCCAACGUGUCCCGGCCCAAGGCCGUGAGGGCCCUGCGGCACAACAACAACGACAUCGUCAACGCCAUCAUGGAACUGACCAUGUAGCAGCCGGGGCUGUCCUGGCCCCUGUAGAGAUGCACAGAGCCCCCCGCCCCUCCCUCCUGCCCCCCACCCUCUCCUGGCCCUGGACUGCUCAAUAAAGGCCUCCUGCACCCCUUGGAUCGCA